AUGCCGGCAAAAAAUUUCGGAUCGCGAGAGGAAAUCGUCGGAAAGAGAUGGAACAGGGAGAAAGAGACUCGCCGGGACGUUCGGUCGCUCACCGCCGGCACCAGGCAUCAACGGUUCCGUUCUUUUCUUUCCUUCCGAUUUUUCCUCGCCGCGAGUGCAGGCGAGGGGCUGGCGAUCAUCAGUCUGUGCAACUUGGUGACGAUCAUCACGGGGUUGUCCAUGUCGGCCGUGAGCACUAACGGGCGGAUCCGAGGAGGGGGACUGUAUUACCUGAUCUCGCGUUCCCUGGGUCCCGAAUUCGGCGGGGCCAUCGGCCUCAUGUUCACCUUGGCGCUCAGCAUCGCCACGGCCAUGCACAUCGUCGGAUUCGCCAACGGACUCGAGGAUCUCCUUCGAGAGAAAUUCCAGACGAAAAUCAUCGACGGGGCCGUGAACGACACGCGAAUCAUCGGCUGCGGCUCGCUCGUCGUCCUUCUCGUCAUCGUUCUCGUCGGCAUGGAAUGGGUGAAUCGGGCUCAGUGGUUCUUCCUGAUCGGUCUCCUCGUGUCGCAAGUCACGUUCAUCGUCGGCACGAUCAUGGGGCCCAAAAGCGACGAUGAAAUCGCCAAGGGGUUCAUCGGUUACGAUUGGGAAGUGUUCAAGACGAACUGGGUAUCAAAAUACACCAAAUUCGACGGGCAGGACCAGAGUUUUUUUACCAUCUACGCCGUGUUCUUCCCCGCCGUGACGGGGAUAGUGGCCGGGGCCAACAUGUCCGGUGACCUCAAGGAUCCUUCGCACGCGAUUCCCGUGGGGACACUGGCGGCCAUCGCCACCACCUUCGCCUCCUACCUAUUGUAUUCCGCCAUGUUGGGUGCAGUGGCCGUGCGAGAUGCGUCCGGAAUAAUCUCCGAACUGAACUCCGACGCCUCGAACAUCCUGGAAAGCAAGGCCUUCCAGUGUGCCGAUCGACAGUGCUCCUAUGGACUACUCAACAGUUUCCAGGUACCUCGAUCUUCAUCUUCCUGUGUCACCGAUGGCAUUCCAUCCGACACGACGUUGUCGUGUCGACAUCGACUAGAGGUCGAAAUGUUGAGGCACGGUUGA